AUGUCCGCCACCGGCCAACAGCAACAGGGCGGCCGACUGCGAUUGCCGCCCCCCCGAGUCGCUGUUCCAAAUGGGGGCACACGACCGACCGAACCGACCUACAAUGACACUUAUGUUGUCGCCUAUGACUUUGGCGGCGUUGACUAUGAUGCAGCAGCCAAAGAAUUCAGCUUGCUGCUGGACAGCCUCGAGGCAGCUGGGCUGCAUGUCGAGGUGCGCCCCAGCUUCGAAAAGACCAUUCUCGUUUUCGUAAAGGCACCAGAACAACUCUUGGGCAACACCGUCUACAAGUCCAGAGUCAGGGACUGGCUUUACAGCAUCACCCAAAACCGCCCCGAAGGCGAUAAAGACACCGUCGUGCGCGCGUGGUACGAGGCUGAGGACCUCUUGGCCAUGCAUCACCUCGUUGCCUGGCCGAAAGAGCUCGGGGGUGCUGGCAUCACACCCGAGACGGGCCGAUGGGAGAAUGUCAAGGCCAUCUUCCCGCUGCACAACGAGCGUGACAACCAAGUGCUACUGAGACACCUCAGCCGGCGGUUGGUGCUCACCAACGACGAUUUUGACAAGAUCCGCGACUUGCUUGGCGCAAAGGUAGCAUUUUACUUCGCCUUCAUUCAGACAUACCUGAUGUUCCUGACCUUUCCUGCCAUUACCGGCGUCCUCACCUGGCUUUUCCUGUCGCAGUAUUCGCUCGCGUACGCCAUUCUGACGAGCAUCUGGUGCUCCGUCUUUCUUGAGUACUGGAAGGUUCAAGAGCUGGACCUCAGCAUACGGUGGAAAACCCGGGGUGUCAACAAGUCAAAGACCAACCGACCCGAGUUCAAGUACGACCGCGUCCUGAUUGACGCCCACGGCCGAACCAGGCACCACUUUCCUAAGUGGAAGCACAUCACCCGACAGCUUCUGCAAAUCCCCUUCAUCGUGCUGGCGACUGUCGUGUUGGGCGCCAUCAUCUGCUGCGUUUUUGCAGUCGAGAUUCUCAUUUCAGAGGCAUACGAUGGCCCUUACCAGUUCUAUUUGGAAUACUUGCCAACGGUUCUCCUGGCCGUCGCGAUUCCGUACAUGAGCUCAUCGCUCGAGGGAAUCGCAGAGGCGCUCACGCAGUACGAGAACCAUCGGACGGCCGACCAGCAUGAAAUGUCGCUGACGCAGAAGAUCUUUCUGCUCAACAUCAUCACCAACUACCUACCCAUUUUGCUUACGGCGUUUGUGUAUGUUCCCUACGGACAUAUUGUUGUGCCGAGCUUGAAGAGAGUCCUGCAACGUCUCCUGCCCAGCCUCUCGAGCCGACUGUCGGCGGAGGCAUUCCGGUCGGACCCGAACCGGCUCCGGAACGAGGUCAUCGCUCUUACCGUCACUGGCCAAAUCUCCAGCUUUUUCGAGGAGAACCUUUUGCCGCUCAUCAAGCAUAAGUUUCUUGGCUGGCAUCGCGCCUAUCGCAGGGCUCAUUCUAAGGACGCCAUGCUCCUGCGAAUGACCACCGACGACGCAGAAGAAGUCGAGUUCUUGAAAACAUGCCGAAACCAAGGCACGUUGCCGCAGUAUAAUGUGCAGGACGACAUUGCCGAAAUCGUUCUUCAAUUUGGCUACCUGGCGCUCUUUGCACCGGUGUGGCCGCUCAUCUCGCUCGGGUUCCUCAUCAACAAUUGGAUCGAGCUUCGAUCGGACUUUGCCAAGAUAUGCUUUGAGCACAGGCGCCCAGCUCCCACGCGCGCAGACGGCAUCGGGCCGUGGGUGCAGUCGCUGGAGAUGCUUACGUGGCUGGGAAGCAUCAUCACGGCCGCCAUGGUCCACCUUUUCGGCUCCGAUGGCCACAAGUCGCAUUGGGCGACGCUGCCCGUGACGGUCUUCAUCAGCGAACACAUCUUGCUAGUGCUCCGUUCCCUAGCACGAUGGAUCUUUGAGAGGUUCGGUUCGGAACAGAUUCGCCGGGAGCGCGAUGAGCGAUACGCCCGGCGUUUAUCGUACCUCGAUAACAUUGAGGCUAACAGGCAGGCUGGGCUGCACCUAAGUCCUGCUGAGAAGGAGCGAAGAAAGUCUGUCCUUGUUCUGGGUGCUGACAGCUUCUGGAGGAAGCAGGUAGACGAUGGCAUGAGCGCUGCAGCUGGUCUGCGGCUCAUCAACAUGGCCAAGGAGUGGGACGCUGAGCACGCCGACGUGGCAGACAGGAAGAAGAAGUAA